AAUAGCGGUGCGCACUUGCUGUGUUGGUAUAAUCUUCGACGCCCUUCGCAUUGACCCUAGUUCGGUCGAGCUUGUACUUGUCAGUGAAGUGGAUCGGGUGAUGCAAUGGGCCGAGCCUGCAUUUGCCCGUGACCUCAUUAAUUUGCUCUCUACUGCUAUUCCUGUCCCCGGCUCCCGCUCAACGUCCUCCCUUACUCUCUUAGCAAGUGCUAGUAGUAAUCCCAAUGCCACCUCUAGCAUUACUUCAAAUUCCUUGGCUACAACUUCCACUUCAACUGCCAUUUCUGGGUUGCCUAGCGAGGGACCUCGUCUUCGCGUUGCUCGUGGAGGAGUUACAUCCCAUCCUGUAACCUCAUCUGAAUCGGCACUGGGCCUUGACGACCGCCGGCGUCAGAUUGUGGAAGGUGUGAUACAACAGAUAAACUGUCUACUUGAAUACAGAGAGUUUAUGAACCAUCAGUCGAAAAUGAGUUCAAUGCUUGCUAUUCAUAACCUUAAAAUAUUCUACGAAUCUAUUAAACGCAAGGAUAUGACAAUGCGUUAUUUAUAUAAAUUGGAGCGUCUUCACAACGAAUGCGGAAAUAAAAUAGAACGUGGCUAUACACUUCAGAUGAUCGGUGAACACUAUACGGUAGCAAUAUUGUCGAUUCGCAGUUCAUCAUUUUACACAUACUUUAUGCUAGUUUUGCCAAAUUAUUUUUGA